GACCAAUGAGAUAGUUAGUUUAGAUGGAGGAGUAAUCUAAGCCACAAAUCUCGUUUGUGAAUUCUGAGCCACUAACUAAAGUUCAAACUCACGCGCUCUCCACUUCCUCUCUUCAACUUGCUUCUUUGUCUUCUCUCUCUCUCCUCCUUCGCACUCACAAAUCUACAGAAGAAGAAGAUAGACUCAUAAUCUUUUGGAUUUGGAUUUAGAUCUGAUCUUAAAGGUUAAAGUAUCAUUCAUGGAUCGUUAUUCGAGGAGGAAUUUAGAGGAUCUUGUUGUGCCUAACUAUCAAGAGACAUCAGAUUCAUACCCUUCUCCUGAUAUGUGGGGUACCGGAUGGAGCAUGAACUCCUCAGAAGCUGCUGAGAAAUGUUUUGAUUAUGAUGUCAUUCACAAUGGUUUCAGUGGAGGAUUAUACAGUCAGAUGCAGAUGGAGAUGGGAACUAGUGAACAAGUAGAAGAAGAAACUAAGAGGUUAAAGGCUAGUGGUUGUUUUGACCGUUCGCUUCAUGAUUUUGAUGAAAUCCAGCAGAUGGAUGACAUGUUCUUAAGUUCCAUUUUGGAGGAUGUUCCAGGGGAUGAGAAUUUUCUUUCUUUCAAGGAGUCGGAUACUAACAACAGCUCCGGUUCUUCCUCUGCGUAUCUCGACACUACCGAUGGCAGAGAAGUCCCUAUGUUCCAUUACAACUGGGAAACUUGUCAAGACAUGCAACUUAUGGAGGAGGACGCACCUAUGAAUCUGUGUGAGGAGAACAUAGAGGAGGCAUCUGCUGAAGAAGUGGUGUUGCAGGAUCUACAAAGGGCUACAGAAAUGUUGACUGAUGAUACCCGCAAAUGCUUCCGCGAUACCUUUUACCGACUCGCAAAGAACUCACAACAGAAGUCAGACUCCAACCCGGACGAGUUCCUCGAGGAUAGAACCAGGGAAAGUGAACUGGAAAAACUCAAUCGACAGAGCCGUCGCCAAUCUCACAUUCAACAAGAUGGAAUCCAACAUGAGAAAUAUGCCUCCACCAAAGAGACUUUCUUCUGUUCAAGCAUAAGAGAGUUUCGAAACAAUCCCUUAUGUGUAUAUAUUAUACAUAUGUGCGUGUGUAUCUGUGCUUGGCUUGACUUUUCCAGGCUUCAGUUUUGAUCUGUUUCGUUAGAGUCUGACUCUCGCUUCUGGAUUUCCAAUUUCUUAUGCUAUAUGUUAUUUACUGAGGGAAACCUGUGAAAGUACAUUACCCCAUGUAGAAUCUGUUGUUACAAUGUAUAAAAAGAGAUUCCUUA